AUGUCACGUCGUCAUCGAUUAACUUCUUAUAUUGAAGUACUUGAUCUAAAGGCAAAUGAUUUUAACAAAUAUGCAAUAUGUUUAGCCUGUCUUGAAAUAAAAGGUCGUCCUUAUGCUCUUGAAAAGCAAUUUACUAAUACUAAAAAAUGUUGUAAAGAUCAUUUUAAAAAAUGUGAAUUUUUUCAACAAAAAUACGGAGUAAACGAAGCACAAGCUAUCAUAGAUGAUACAGACAGUGAAGCAACUAUGCAAAAGCGUCAAGGAAAAAGAUUCCAUAUACAAAAAGAUGAUAAUAAUAGAUUAUCAAAUUACACAUCAAGUUCAGUAUCUGUUAAUACGCAAGGACUAUUAGAUAAUUUUGCUCAUCGUCAAUUUACUGGAUGUAAUCUUGCCAAAUUUAAUUACUUGUUAUUAAAAGCAACAAUUUCAAAUGGAUGGAGUUUUUGUUGGGUUCAAAAUCCAGAUACUAUUGCAUUAUUUGAAUUUAUUAAUCCUUCAUGUAAGCUUCCUGGACGACGUAAAUUAGGUGGUAAAAUUUUGACCUGUGUUUCAAAUCAAAUGGUUGCAAAUAUUAAUGAAAAGGCCCAAAAAGAUUUUUAUGGUGUUACUCUUACUAUGGAUGGUUGGACAAAUAUAAUUAAUCAAUCAAUUAUAGGAAGUGUUUUACUUACAAGUUCUGGUGAAGUUUUGGUAUGGCAAGCGAUUGAUAUUAGUGGUGAAAGAGAGGAAGUAAAAAAUAAAAUUAAUGAAAUUACAAAAAGUGUAACAAAUGAAGGAAUAAAAGUAGCAGCAAUUGUAACUGAUAGUCAUUCAUCAUAUGCUGCAGCAAGAAAACAGCUUCAAACACUUAUAGCACGAUAUGAACCUCAAACUAAUGAAGAAAUUGAAAUUGAAAAUAACUUGAUAUUACCUAAUUAUAUUUGCAAUCCAAUUAAUAAUUUUGAAUUUUGGCAAAAUAUAGUAGCUAUUAAGCGACUUCUUUUAUCAUAUUGUGGUUGUUUAAAUAUUUUACAAAGAGAUAAAGCACGUCUUUAUGAUGUACUUCAUUCUUUUGCACAUCGAAAUCAUAAACUUGAACAAAUCAAACAAUUAUAUUAUUCAAAUGCAACUACUACAUUAUAUGAAACUGAUGAAGAUACAACUCAAGAACCAGAAGAACUGACAAAUAUUAUUGAACAAGAACAAGAAACUGAUAGUGAAAAUGAACUUCAAGAUUUUGCGGAUCUAACUAAAAAUAAUUUAGAAAAAGUGUUAAGCUUAUGGGAAUCUAUGCUUGAGGAUGAAAAAUUGUAUGAUUGGAAUGAAGAGAUAACUGACUCAUUACUUAAUGCUGAAUUAUCAUACGAUAUUCUUUUAGAUCAUGAACACCCUCAAAGAGAUAAACAUGCAAAAUGGAUUCUUG